UAAAAAAAAAAAAAAAGAAGCGCUGAAUUUAAAACAAUACAAAGAGAACAAAGAUGAAGAUGCCCAAACUUAUCGUCCUUCUGCUGACCAUCCUGGUGCAAGCAGGAUCCGGCUUCCCUACAGACAGGAACCGCCGGGAGAAGCAUGCAUCCUGGGACGACGUAAACGUGGUGGCCCAUGGCCUCCUGCAGCUCGGCCAGGGCCUGAAGGAGCACGUGGACAAGACCAAGGCUCAGAUGAGAGACAUGAACAGCAGGCUGAAGGCCUUCAAUGGCACCGUGGCCGAACUGGAGAGAAAGCAGGAAGAGCAGGGAGAAGCUUUGAUUACCCAGAGCAAAGAGGGACAGGGGAUGCAAAGGCUGCUGGUCGAACUGGGAGAGGGGGUGAAGGUGGAGGUGGGGGAGGUGAAGAGGCAGACAGAGGACUUAACAUCCAGGAUAGACAGACUGGAGGAGGUGCUGACAAAGCCAAUGGUGGACAGCAAUGACAGCGACCAUGAGAGGGUUUCAUUCAUCCAGAGGCUGAUGAUUGCUCAGAACAGGCGUAUCGAUCAGCUGGUGGAGAAAAUCUCACAACAGCAAGACAAACUGGAGAAACAGAGUCUCCACCUGCAAGUCCUGCAGAACAAGGUUGCCAAUAAGAGAAUGAAAUCCCACAGACGCAGAGAUGAAGAGAUGGCACUAAGAGGCGAGGCAGAGAACAACCAAGCUGAAGCAGGGUUGGCCAGAGAUUGUCAGGAUCUAUUUGCCCGAGGACAACGAACAACUGGCAUCUACACAAUCCAGCCUGAGAACUCAAAACCCUUCAGUGUUCUCUGUGAAAUGACUCCAGCUGGCGGAUGGACUGUCAUCCAGAAACGCCAGGAUGGAUCACAAAACUUCAAUCAGCUUUGGGAGAGCUACAGAAAAGGCUUUGGCAACUUGAAUGGAGAGUUCUGGCUCGGUUUGUCCAAUAUCCAUUCUCUUUCGAAGCAAGGCCGCUACGUCCUGCAGGUGGAGCUCUCCAACGAGGCGGGACAGCAGCAGGUUGCUCGUUACCAAUUCCAGCUUGACGGAGAGGAGAAGAUGUUUGCCUUGCACCUUGUGCAGGACCCUUCGCCUGAGACUCAGCAGAGAAUCGUGUCCACUGGGGAAUCAGGCCUUCCCUUCUCUACAGCUGACAGAGAUAACGACCUGGCUGCAGAGAUCAACUGCGCCGAGAAGCUUUCAGGCGGUUGGUGGUUUAGCAGCUGCGGAGAAUCGAAUCUGAAUGGAAAGUAUCCCAGACGCCACUGGAAGCAGGAGCCAAGGAGACAGGCCAUGUUUGGGACGCUCACGCAGGGACACAGCGGCCCCCUCAGGACCACUCUUCUGAAGAUUGCUCCACUUUCAAUGACACAAUAAGAGCUGGAGCAGCACUGAAACCCAGAUAACUUCUGGGAGUUUAACUACUGACAGACUGGAAAUAAGCUGCAAAACGCACAACUGAUGUCUCCCGAUGCACGCACGGGUCAUCUGAUAUUUCUAUGCAAUGCAUACAAGAAAAUGAAGUCUCAGCGGAAAUGUUUGGUCAUGUUGGCUGGGACCUUAUUCCCCUUUGUGAGGGCUUUCUUACCAUGUUUUAUAUUUCCUUUAAUUACUCACUUAUUUAAUAUAUUUUUUUAUCUUAAAUAUUUGAUUGAACUAUGUUGUUUUUUUAUUUGAAUAAAUAAAACUGAACCUGUUAAAUUGAAA